AACUAGGUGUUAGUGAGACCAGUGGGGCCGUGGCGCCAUGGUAUCACAUUUAAGACAAUUAAUUAAUUGGGGUAUGCAGUAGCAGGAAGAACAAAAAAUCACAUACACACACUUAAACAACCUCACAAGGCAUAGUUUAGCGGCACAUAGCAGAAGGAGUUGACGAUUUUGCACCCAUUGUACGGUGCGUUUUGGGUAAAAUCAGUUGAGGAGUGUUGAAAUGGGAUUAGGUGGAGUUGGGUUGUACUCUUCUUCUUCUUCUGCCGUGUUUGUGUUUGACCAUUAUUCUUUUUCUCAUUUCAAAUUCAACCAUCUCACCUCAACAGUCAAUCACUUGGCUCCAAAAUCCUUCUCUGCUUACACUUCUUCCACGAAACCCCUCCUUACCCUCACACCUAAACCUCGCACUGCUAUGACGUUACCUUCCGCCGCUCUGUUCUCCCAAAACCCUGUCGUCUCUGAUGUCGUUGCCACUGCCUUGUCCGGCUCUGUCGCCCUCUUCUUCCUCCAAUUGUGGAAAGAGACCGCCACACGUGGUAUCUUCGACCAGACACUAAAUAGGAAGCUUGUGCAUAUAAGCAUUGGCAUAACUUUCAUGCUUUGCUGGCCACUUUUCAGUCCUGGGUCUCGUGGAGCAUGGUUAGCAGCAACCAUUCCAGGAGUGAACAUUAUACGGAUGCUUGUCUUGGGACUUGGAUUAUGGAAAGAUGAGGCAACUGUGAAAUCGAUGAGCAGAUUCGGAGACUACAGGGAGCUUCUCAAGGGACCACUGUACUAUGUUGUAGCGAUUACACUUGCUUGUAUAAUCUAUUGGCGAACUUCCCCUAUUUCGAUUGUGGCAAUAUGCAACCUAUGUGCUGGAGAUGGUGUAGCAGAUAUUGUAGGAAGGCGGUUUGGUAGUAUUAAAAUUCCAUACAACAAAAACAAAUCUAUUGCUGGAAGCAUUGCAAUGGUAUCUGCCAGUUUCUUAGCGUCUGUGGGGUUUAUGUACUAUUUCUCCUUAUUUGGAUACAUGGAAAGAAGUUGGGAAAUGGUCUUAAAAUUUUGGAUUGUUGCUCUUGCAUCAGCACUGGUGGAAUCGCUUCCAAUAAGCACUGACCUUGAUGACAAUCUCACAGUUCCCGCAACAUCCAUUUUGGUGGGCAGUCUUAUUUUUUAUUUUCAUCAAUCCCUCUGAUUGUGCCAAGACAAGACUGACAAGCAACGACCAAGUUUCAUGGUCAAUCUUUUUAAUCUGGAGUAGAAUAUACUGUAUCUUAUCCACAUUCAAAAGUCCCUAUUUAGUAACAUUUCCUCUGUUGUAACAUGUGAAAAAAUUGAAACUUCAACAUUGUUAUUAAAUAAAGAUGAAAAAUAUUAUUAUAUGCUUA